CGUGACAGAAAUAUAUUGCGCGCAUGCUCCGUACACAUCAAGGCGAGCACGUCGGACUUUCACAACAGUAGCCAAAAAUUGAAGUUUGGAUUAUUCCACAAGCUUUCGUGGUUAGUUUGUUUAUCAAUACAAGUUCUAAUAAUAGACACAAGCGUACACGUAAAGCUAGAAGUAUCCGGCGUUUGUAUUGGUAUAGUUUUGCUACCAUGCUAAUGUCAGUAUCGUGGUUACUACAAUGCUAGCUAGUGCGUGUUGUUUUUGACAGUCAUUACAUUGAAAUCGGAUUUUCGGCUGACAAAAAAUGGGACGAAAAAAGCCGGGCAAGUUUCUGCGUUCUGAUAAUAAAGGAAAAGAUAAACGACACAAGAUGAAGGGGAAAUCAUUAGAAGCCUUUACAGAAGAAAUGCACUCUGCAUUUGAAGCAAGUCUUCAUUUGGAGGGGGAGGGAGCAGAGAGCCCCCAAAUUAAAUUGCCUUGUCCACUAGCCAUGUGGGAGCUGGGACAUUGUGAUCCCAAACGUUGCACAGGCAGAAAGCUGGCCCGAAAGGGCUUUGUGCACAACCUGCGUCUCAAUCAGAGAUUUCAUGGACUGGUAUUGAGUCCAAUGGGCACAAAGUAUGUGACACCAGGUGACAGGGAGAUCGUGGCCCAGCAUGGACUCGCAGUCAUUGAUUGCUCCUGGGCCAAACUGGAGGAGACGCCGUUCAAUAAGAUGAUUGGAAGCCAUCCGCGCUUAUUGCCGUACCUUGUCGCUGCAAACCCUGUCAACUACGGGAAGCCUUGCAAAUUAUCUUGUGUUGAAGCUUUUGCUGCCACCUUUUGUAUUGUAGGUUUCAAAGAGCUGGCCGUGCUUUUGUUGAAUAAAUUUAAGUGGGGCUCCGUGUUCCUGGAGCUCAAUAAGGAUCUGCUCGAGCGCUACACUGCGUGCCAGUCAGAGGAUGAGUUGCUCACUGUCGAAAAGGACUUUCUCACAACCAAACCUGAGGACAACGAAUUUGAUCCAUUUGACGUUGACUCAGGAGUAGAAUGUAUGAAUCUCAACAGACGUCAUAGGGUACCUGAGGAGGAGGAGGAUUCUAGUGAGGACGCUGACACAUCAGAGGAGGAUGAGGAUGAUGAAGCAGAAUAUGAAAAAAACAACGAUGAGUCAGAACAUGUCUCACACAUUAAAGAGGAAGUAGCAGCUGCAGCAAAGUCGUCACAUUAAAACUUAUUUAAACUCCUUAGAAAUUGAAUGGCUGGUUAGCAAUAGAAAGAGCCUCCAUGUAUUCUGUGAUUUUCUUAUUACGGUACAUAAAGUCAUUAACUGGUAGAUAGAGAGAGAUAGAAAUAACUUUAUUUAUUCCUUCAGGGGAGUUCCUUCAGGAAAAUUUAAAUUCUCAGCACAAUCCCAUUCAAGAUCAGACAAACAUUACAGGGAGACAGAACAGGAUCGCUGACGGGUCUGCCGACUUCCAGCGCCCCUUACAAAAAAGGUGAGAUACAGGUAAACAAGGGGGGGAAUGGGAGAGAAAAAAAAAAGAUUAAAAUAAAAUAAAUCGGUCUAAGCCUGGGCUUCUGGAGAGGGGGUCCAGACUGAGGCCAAGGGGGGAAAAACAACUCAUAGCCAUAGUACAUAUCCCUCUUACAUGUGUGUAAGGAGGAAACGUCAAAGAAAAAAAGGACAUGAAAGACAUUAAAGCAGCGGAGCUAAUACAACAAGCCACUUCUACAUACAGCUAUGAAUAAAAAGUAAAAGAAACAUAUACACUGUGGUGGCCUCUGCGGUGUGUUGUUUUUAUAUAAAUAAAUAAAUACAUCUGGGAUAUCAA